GCGAGGUGGACCCCCGUCGGGGGGUACCCUACCACGCUGAUUAAGGAACCCAGAGUACAGGGCCACUCUUGCCUGGGGGCCCGCGCCUCGAACAGAAACAGCUCGCGGCGCCGGGUACGUCCGGAGGCGGGGAGCCCCGCGGCGCUGGGCGUGCUGGCCUUCGCCGCCGCGGCGGUGCACCCCCGAGGCCUGGCGGCGCCGCCCUUCCGCCCGCGCGGGCCCUUCCACUUCGCGCCCCUGCCGCCCAGCGGGCCCCGCGCCGAGCCGCCCGGCGCCGCGCGCGGCGGCUGCGCGGCGGAGGGCGACGCAGGCGAAAGCCGCCCCUGCGACCCGGCCGGCGCGGCGGAGCAGGGCGGCGGCACCGGCGGCGGACCUGGUUCUGAGGCCGCGGCCGCCGUCGACGUGGGGGCGAUGAGGUACGCCGAGCUGAAGGAGAAGCUCCAGCGCAUGGCGCUCGGCCACGCCUCGAGCGGCGGGGAGCGCGGCGGGCCCGGCGGCGGCAAGAUAACGAGCCUCUAGGCGGGCGCGGCGAGCAGAGGCGGCGGGAGGUCCGCGCUUGGCGCGUCGCGCGCGCGCCUCAGUCCGGGUCUGUGACCGCGGCGGCGGCGCCCCGCGGGCGCCGAGGCGGCCCGGGGAGGGCGAGGACGGCAGGUGCUCCUCUCCUCCGACCCGCGGGGAGGGGAGGCGGGCCUCCCCGCGGCGGCGCGCCACGGAGACGCGCCGCCGGCGGGCCGCCCUCGCCCACAGGGCGCCGCGGGGGCGAGGGUGCUCGGGCGCCCGCUCGGGCUGCUCUGCUGCUGCUCGGGCGCGGGCUCGCGGGCUCUCGGAGGCGUCGGUGCCGCGGGCUCGUUGCCGAGGAGGUUCACGGCAGCUGGCUGGGCGCGGGCGCGUAGAUCUUGGCGGCAAUCGUUAGGUUAGGUUUUGACGUCCUCGCCGCGGCGGCACCUCGGUGUAGUGUUCUCAUGGUGUGCCCCGGGCCGUCGUCGCAUACCCAUUUAAUUGUGCAUGUUCCUCCAGUGGCUGGCUGCUUCAGCUUGCCCGCGCUGGAAUGAUAUGGCGAGGAAUGAACGUAUGUCGGCUGGGCAGCCUUUCACUCGACAUUGCACGUGCCAGUUCAUCAAAUUAGUCUUAGGUCUUUUAAGAUGAAUCGUUUCCUUCGCCGCCCUUGGGCCGCGUCGGCGCUUGUGCUUUGCAUCCAUCCACGACCUGGCAUCCUGGGCAGAGCUGAUUCUUUAAUUCCAGGCGCACGCAUCUUCCAAUCUGCAACAUGUGCCCGAACCGCCUGCCAAGCAGAGCAGGCUGAAUUUUAACUACUAUUAGUGGGCGCAGGGCAUCGACCUCUGCCGUUUGCCUCUCUACUCUGGGAUGCGUGGCAUCGGGGGGGGAGCGGGAGCUGUUCACGCUGUGUGUCGUUCUCCGCCACCGAUAUCCAGAGUAAAUACAACCUUUUUCCCUUCGCCUCGACCGAAGAGGUUGAUGAAGUGAUGAGGAUGCUUGCCUAUGAACUCGGCAACCCUUGACUUGAGCGCGGCGCAGCGCAAAGAAGCAUUAUGCCUCCAGCGGAU